AUGUUCAAUAAACUUGGAAGCCUUGUCCCAAGAGGCAACAAAAUUCUCUCAUCAACGCUAUCAUCAUCAAGAACAAGCAUUAAAUUAAAUAGUAUCGGAUGUAAUAACUUUUCAUAUUCCUUGACUAGAUUUGAUAAAACAAGUGCGGAAACAAAACAAGCACCAACAACAGAGGAAAAUACUGUUGCUACCACAACAAUAAGUGAAAAUACAGAAUCAGCAGUUGCUGCUGCUCCAUCGGAAGAUAAAUCAACACUCACAUCAGGAAAAUCAUAUAAUGGAAUUCCUCUUCAUAAACCUCCUCAACACAUUAAGAAAUUGAGUUUCGUGGGUGCUUUGGCUAGAUAUACCUUCUACUUUGUCUUCUUUAUUUGGAUUUUCAGUGGUUAUCCAAUUUAUACUGCUUGUCAAUUCAUUUAUAGAUUAAUUCAUGGAGAACCAGAGCCAGAACCAGUUGAUGAAGAAUAA